AUGGAGUAUGAGAAGAAUCUGGAUCCAGAGACUACAAGGCUGCAAUGUGCAAACUCUGCAGCCUCACCAGUUACAUUCCAACAGAACAGGUCAACUUUUCUGUCAAAUCCUCACCAAAAUGUUCCUUCUCAAGAAGAACAAAGACCCAACCAACAUAAUAUUCAAAAUUCCAUCAUUCUUGCGAAGAGAUACAAAGCCAUAGGAAACGAGAAACCAUCAACGCCUCCCGAAGGUUAUAUCCAUGAUCACUAUAGCCCGAUACCACCUAGGAAGUUAUUGAGAAAAUCCAAGUCAGAAGAAUCAAGAAAUCCUAGAUACGGGAGUUCAUUUCAAGAACGUAGUAGAAAUGAUAAUCAUACUUCCACACCGAUAGUAGAUAAAACAAUAAAAAAGCCAAAACUACUACAUAGUAUUUUGAGAAAAUUCGAUAACACUUUAGGAACAAAACAAGCCAAAGAUAAGCGUCCAACCAUCUCCGAGACGAAAGCAAUACUACUGAACAAAUCUGAGUACCAAUUCAUACCCAAACAAAUCCAUUUGCCUGAUAAAAAUUUAUCUCAUACUUAUCUCCCAGCUGAUAAUUCUGUAACAAGUAACUGGCCUUUACAACUAACAUUAAGAAAACAUCGGGACGUGAGCACACAGCCCGAGCAAAUCCAAACCAAAGAACGAUCUAGUGACCCACAUCGCGCGAAAACCAAGUUAUCUCCUCCACCCGAAGGUGUUUCGUCAUCAAAAACGGUCGGCGAUAGCUAUGGAAAUGAUGAUGGCGAUGUGAACUGUUUUUCGGACAAAAGUGUCGCGUCGACGAAAACACUUUUCGCUGAAGGUGCAACGAAAUCCAGCAGUUUCAAUUUCAAUAUGUUUCGGGGCGGUAUGAAAUUGAAGGAACGGUUCGUGGUGGGUUUAAGUGUCGCCGCGGUUUUGUUUACUGUGUUGCUGGUGGUGGACAUUCAGAUGGAUCUCGGGAUCUCGGGAAAACACUUGGUGCCGUCUCAUGGAAGGAUUAAGUACGUUGUGAAAGAGGAAGGGCCGGAGUCUGUGUACAAUAGGUUCAGGAAUAGGCUGCUCCAGAAAACGCACAGCGCUAUCAGUACGAACAUCUCGAAGGAAACCCUUCCAAAUGAGACGUCGAUCCUACACAACAACGGGAAGUACAGAAGCGAGGAGCACCCAUUGUCCGAGAACGAGAAUCCCGGGUCCAAAGACGGCAAAGGGCCGGCCCUACGCGACGACUUCGGCGAUAUCGUCGACUAUCUGGCCCUUGACAGCGGCGAGCGUGACAAGUUCAGGGAGGAAAUCGACCGGAUACACCCUGUUAUCGGGAAGAGGGAUGAGGUGAAACGGCGGACUAUCGGGGAGAUGAAGCAGCUUGUCCUCGAGUGAGUGUAGUUAUGUAGUCUGCUUUGACCCUUCGUUUCUGAACAGCUGGUAUCGCAGAUAAGAAUGAUUAGAAGGAGUUAUAGUCCAGUUAUUGGGUGGUUUCUUCAGAACAAACGUUGGGGUACCGGCAACUAAUAGUAUCAAGUGAGGGUUACUCAGCUGUGUGCACGUGAUAUACCAAGAGUACAUACAUAAUGUAUUUCGUGCAAAAUGAUUUUUUUUUAAUUGAUCUGGCCGUUACUUGAUGGAAACCCAUGAUAAAUCUGAAAACUUCACAUACGAUAAGAUUUCCACAAAAUUUUUCAAACACAC